UGGGGCUGUAAAGUGCCCGACGCCCCGAAAGCGAAGCGAAGGAGUUUGCUGCUGCACUGGCUGGUCCCGACCCCCAUGAACGGCGGCUGCCGCGGCUCAGCGCUGAGCUCGGGGAGGAGGACUGCCUCUGCAUGGCCCCCGGCGUUGAUAUGACUACUGUACAGCUCGGGGUCAACAGCGAGGAGCCUCCCGCGUCUGCUUUCAGCAAGCCCGGCAGCUGCAUCCCGGCGAGCGUGGCGGCGAUGGGCGGAGAGGAGGAGGCUGACAAGCCCAAAGUGUCCCCUUCCCUCCUGCCCUUCAGCGUGGAGGCGCUCAUGGCUGAUCACAGGAAACCGGGGGCCAGAGAGAUCCUCGCCCCCAGCCCCGAAGGGGCAGUGCCUCUGGCUGCUGGGACUUCUACUCACCAGACGCUCAGUCCCAGGGUGGGAUCUUUAUCGGCGGCAGCAGACACGCCGGCUUCCCCGCUGCCGAUCAACAGCCAUUUUCCUGUCGGGGGACUAGUAACGCUGCCCGAAGAUGCCCUUGUCAAAUCGGAGAGCCCCGAGAAGCAAGAGAGGACGGCCUGGAUGCAGAGCCCCAGGUUCUCCCCACCCCCUCCUAGGCGGCUGAGCCCCCCGGCCUGCACCCUGCGCAAGCACAAGACCAACAGGAAGCCUCGGACCCCGUUCACCACGGCGCAGCUGCUGGCCCUGGAGAGGAAGUUUCGGCAGAAGCAGUAUCUGUCCAUCGCCGAGCGAGCCGAGUUCUCCAGCUCGCUGAGCCUCACCGAGACCCAGGUGAAGAUCUGGUUCCAGAACCGGCGCGCCAAGGCCAAGCGGUUGCAGGAGGCCGAGCUGGAGAAGCUGAAGAUGGCAGCCAAGCCCAUGCUGCCCCCGGCCGCUUUCGGCAUCUCCUUCCCUUUGGGCGGCCCGGCCGUGGCGGGCGCUUCCCUGUACGGAGCCUCCAGCCCUUUCCAGCGGGCAGGGCUGCCUGUGGCUCCCGUGGGACUGUACACAGCUCACGUGGGAUACAGCAUGUACCACCUAACAUAGAGGGCAGCGGGCGCAUGGAGCCCACCGACAGCAGCCUGGCUGGGGCACCCCUCCCUCCAAAGCCAGCUCCUGGCCAAGCCUAACCCCCUCGUCCUCACCAAGCCCCGCUUGGCUUUCAGGUGCCCUCCCCUUUCGGCCCUGGGCCUCCCGUCCCAUUCAGGCUCCUUAAACUCUGCCAAGUUCCUAAGGGCCCCUUUGCAGAGACUUCCAGCCACGGGGGCCCCACGGUCAGGUCUGGCUUCGUUGGCCUCUUUUAGCUCUUUAGUCUUCUGCGCCCUUGCCAGUGCUUUCCACGCGCUGCUCCUCCUUCAGAGCCGAUGCCCCCUCCGGGGGAAGCCAAAAACAUCAACCAGCUUCCAGCUCAGACCAGGGGCCUGGCUCCAAGCCCUCUGAUUCCUUCCCAGGUGAACUCCAGACAUGCAGCGCUAAGAGUUUGGGGACAGACCACUGCGUUUUGGGGAAGGGUUGGCUUGGGACGGAGAUGACACAGGCUGAAUGCCAGGAACACUUUUCUCUCUCUCAAGCAAGACAGAGACAAAAUGUACCAAUAGUCUCGCGGUAUCCAUUUAACAGCGCUGUCUGUUACUUGUGUUUCUUCCUCCAACCGCUCCUUUGGAAGGGGCUCUGUGUACUAUGUAAUAUACUGUAUAUUUGAAAUUUUAUUAUCAUUUAUAUUAUAGCUAUAUUUGUUAAAUAAAUUAAUUUUAAGCUACAAGGA